CCCGAGCGCACACGGCGUAGAGGAGAGUACAGCGCACGAGUCUCUGGAAGGGAGAUAACGGUUUCUUUUUUUUUUUACCCCCUCUCCACUGAAACAACAAGAACGAACCAAACCUGAUUUUUUAGGGGGGGUCUCACAGAGUCUUUUGAUCAUCAGGAGGAGGGAAGCGAGGAGCCGCAAGUUUUUUUUUCUUUUUUUCGUUUUUUUUCUCUUUUCCUUAAAAGAGGAUUCUGUGCUUCGCGGUGGUUUGUUCUCCGCUCUCGCCGCAAAGAUGAUGGUCGGAGAGGUCGAAGUGAAGGAGCGACCGAGGCCGAGUCCCGACUAUUUAAUGCAAUUAUUGAACGAGAAGAAGCUCAUGACCAGUUUGCCAAAUCUCUGCGGCAUCUUCACACACCUAGAGAGGCUUCUGGAUGAAGAGAUCAACAGAGUGCGUAAAGACAUGUACAGCGACACAGUGAAUGGCCUUGUGGACAAACACCCGCUGGAGCUGCCCGAACCAGUCGGACCCAUCGUUCACCUGCAGGAAAAACUGUUUGUGCCUGUCAAAGAGUACCCAGAUUAUAACUUUGUGGGGAGAAUCCUUGGCCCCCGGGGACUCACAGCCAAACAGUUGGAAGCAGAAACGGGAUGCAAAAUAAUGGUGCGAGGAAAGAGCUCCAUGAGAGACAAAAAGAAGGAGGAGCAGAACAGAGGGAAGCCAAACUGGGAACACCUAAAUGAAGACCUUCAUGUCCUCAUCACAGUGGAAGACACACAGGCAAGAGCAGAGAUCAAGAUGAGGAGAGCGGUGGAGGAGGUCAAGAAGCUCCUUGUACCUGCAGCAGAGGGAGAGGACAAUUUGAAGAAGAUGCAGCUGAUGGAGCUAGCUAUUCUCAAUGGGACAUACAGAGAUAACAACGUCAAAACACCGGCGGCAGCAGCCGCUCAGGGCCCUCGCCUCAUAGCGGCCCCCGCAGGUCAGGUGUUGCCUCCCCCGGCAUUGAGGCCCCCAACGCCAGCUGGGGCCCCCAUCAUGAACCUCAUCCGGCCCACUCAGAUGGCUGCCAUGCUGCCCAAUGGCACCCCCACCCUGGUGCCUCCCACACCGGAAGCUGGGCUUAUCUACACCACCCCCUACGAGUACCCUUAUGCCUUGGCACCCACUUCCCUGCUGGAGUACCCCAUCGAGCACAGUGGGGUUCUAGGUAAGAGAGCCUGGGGAAGCAUGGGUGCAGCAGGUACAGCGACCAGCUUUAGCCAGCCUGGACAGGAGGGCAGCUUGUUUUACCCCGGAGCCGGGGUGCUGGACGCGGCUUCCAUGAGCCACAGUCAGGACUUGUUGAAAGGUGCAAUGGCUACUAAAGUGAGACGGCAUGACACGCGGGUCCAUCCUUACCAAAGGAUUGUGACCGCUGACAGAGCCGCCACCGGCAACUAACACAUGACCUUCUGACCUCUGAACUCUUCACCCAAUGACGAGCCGCCCCAAGCCUGCCUGCUGAUCAGUUAACUGGUAAUUGCCUUUUGCUAGCCUCUCGGACGCAAGUGAGAGAGAGAGAGGCGCCUGCCCAUACAGUUACCCUAACACGUUCUGACAAAAAAAAAAAAAGUAGAAACAACGCAGAAUCUUCACAGAAACACAACGAAAACCCAACAAAGUUGUGUGUUAUUCAUUUUUUUUUUCCCUUUGUUCAUUGAGUUCGAUUCCCAUUCUUUCUCUUUCUUUUUCUUCAUGAAUCAUAUACUGGGUGGAUGUGUUUUGUGGUAUGACUCACAAAUCUGCACUGAAUUAUAUAGCAAUAAAGACCCCCACCCUGCCCACCCUCCCCCUCCUUUAAUUACUCUGAUCUGGUGACCUCACUUGUAUGAAUCAAAGUUGAGUAUUUAUUUGACGCAAACCAUUUGGUUUCAGAGUAAUGGCCCUCAGAUGUCCCCACCCCACUCCCACCUCCCUCAAAAUAUAGAUAUAAGAGCAUCUACCUGCUCCCACCCUGUUCCAACACCCACCUACGGGGAGAGAAAAAGAAACGGAAGGAAAGAGAACAUACACUCACAUUAACUUGUUUAAUUUCUGUCAUUUUCACAUGUAGUUCAGUUGUUGAGCUCUAAGAUGUAUUUUUGAGCUGACACAUUCUGGGUGUGCCCCUCUAAACAGCUUUCUGUCUUGUUUUUUUUUUUUUUUUUAAAGCAUGGCUGAAAUGAUUGCUAAAGGAGCUUUUUAUGAUUUGUAUGUUUUGUUUUUUUUCUCCUGUCUGUUUGUAAUGCUUUUCGUUUUGAGUCAUUUUCUCCACUUGAUUUUGUCCUUUUUUUUCCAUAUUUGACUAAUUAGCUUUGCUUAAAAUUGACCAGCCAAAACCAAGGCGAGGUGUUUAGCGCUGGAAAACAGUACACAAACUAAUGUUCAAUGCAGGCUGCAGAAACUAAGAAAUUAUGAAGGGUGAGAUGGGAAGGUCACUAUUUGGGCUGUUGGUUCUUUGUGUGUUUGUGUGUGUGUUUUAAUUAAUACUACAAUGAAAGUAGGGUGUGCUGAGGCUUCGGGGGACAUUGCCCCCCAUCCACACUACAUCCACUAUACAGUGCCUGAUGUAUUUUGAAAAAAAAAAAAAAAUCUCAAUGAGUUAGCUGAGCUGUGAUCACAAAGACAAAAAAAAAAGUAUUAAGUGUGCAUAUUUAGCCAAAGGGUUUGCCAGUGAAUUAUAUAUCUGCAGUUAUGCAUCUGUCUCACAGAGGGCUCUCUUUGUGAUUUUUAGAGUUUAAAAGGGUGUGAAUUUUUAGUGCCUGCCUUCAGCUGUAACAGACAGUCAGCCAGAUGAUUUCUCACCCAUUACUGCUCUGUUUUGUUCUAAGGUGAAGCGAUGGUAAUCAACACUAAAUCAACCUGCUACACAGUGACAGUAAAGGGGGGAGGGCACUUUGAAGUUCUGUACAUAAAUGCUUUUGUCAUGUUACCUGGAUUCUAUAGUGAGUUGUUUCAUCAGCCACAUUGCCAAGCAAAUGUUUUAUUUUGCCAUUUUAAUUUUUUUCAUCUCCACAUUUGACUAAUUCUUUUUUUUUUUUUUUUAAUGUACUUUAAGUUUUAACCCUAGUUUGAAAACUUUACAUGAGUUGGAUCGUGCAGUUGGCGUAAACGGAGCCUCCUUGCAUAUUAGGAACUUAAUUGUUUUUUUGGUUUUUUUUUGUUUGUAUUUUUUACUGAUGAAAUUUCUUUUUUGACUUGAGACAAACUAUCCAAAAGCGCAUCCACAAUGUGUCACACCUCCCUCUGAUCAUAGUCUAGCUUCUGAGCCCACAGUCUUUUGUUUAACUCUCUCAAGAAAAAAUAGGAUGUGAAAGCCAUGCCUGCCUGUUCAAAUUGCUUUAUACAUACGUCUUAUAUAUAUAAAUAUAUAUAAAUAUAUAAAAAUGUAGAUAUGUCAUUGCAUAUACAAAUACAGAAGAGAACAAAAAAUAGAUAAUUUUACAGGGUGCUGGAGAUGAGAAAAAAAUGAGAUCUAUUUUUGGCAAUUUUAGCUUUUGAUACUUUACUUGCAGUUACAAAAUCAGAAAAAAAAAUAAAGAAAAAAAAGUUUAAAACCGUAUAGGAGAAAAUGGAAAAAAACCAAGUGGGGGAGGGGGGCUGGGGGUGCGCUGUUAAGCUUGAAUAUGAUUGGAAAAGGAAGACCAAAACAGUCACAACCCUCGGAACGUUAGCGAGCAUCAGAGUGAGACGGACGCCUAGCGAGCUUAAAAGGAUCAAAUCAAAGUGCCUUAUCUACAGUGAUUUCUGUUUUCUAGUAUUCCAGUUGUGUUCAAUAAUAUCCAGCACCCACCGAGAUGGCGCAGAGAGGAAUGGCUGGUGUUACACGCUCUGAAAGGAUGAGCAGGGUAGCUGCCACCAUAACGUGGCGUUACCGAAGUUAUUCUAUGCAAAAAGAAUAGCAGUCGUUUUGACCAGCUAAAAAUAUGUGCCAUGGUUUUGUCUUCCUGAAAUGAUUUUUUUUUUUCUUUUCCUUUACCU